AUGAGGCCGCCCCUGGCGCUGCUGGCCCUGGCCGCCCUGGGGGCCGCCGCCGGCGGCGCGGAGCGGGAGGCGGCGGAGGAGGCGCGGGCGGGGCGGUUCUCCACGCCGGAGCAGCAGCGGUGCCGCUGGGAGCUGCGCUCGGCGGCGGGGGCCAGCGAGCUGCGGCUGAGCUGCCGGGCGGCGGGCGGCGGGGCGGCGCGGAGCUGCGCCUACCGCGGGGAGCCGCGGCGCUGCCCGGCCUUCGGCGCCCGCAGCCGCCACUACUGGCGGCAGAUCCUGUCCCGGCUGCGGCGGCGGCGGCACCCCUGCGCCCCGGGAGCGCCGCUCAGCGCCCGCCUCUGCGGCCCGGACCGUGCCCCGCCUGAGGCGCAGUUGCGGCUGCUGCCCGACCCCGGCCCGGCCACGCUUGCCCCCGGCCCGGAGCCCUCCGAGGACCCGGCGCAGACCUACUGCGCCGAGCGGUGGCACUCGCUGUGCAGCUUCUUCGUCGGUUUCUGGGAGGGCUGAGUCGCUCCGGCCCGCGGGAGGGAGCGCGGCCGCCCGGGCUCCGCACCCGGACACUCCCGGUCUCGCCUGCCCUCGGCCACCGCCGCCAAUGCCCCCCGACUCUGUCUGCUCUCCUCUUCUACUCCCCAAUAAAGCGGUAACUAUUUUGUGACAAGAA